GACCAAACCAUCACCGAAACUCUCGUGACUCGUGUACUCUCACGAUCACAUUAGCUACUCCACUAUCUUCUUAUUUUCUUCUUCUUUUUUUGGAUAAUCACUUUGACCUCUCGUUCCAAGACUAAUACCUUCUCCACAAGUACCAUCUCUGUAAUUCUUGACUUUCUUCAACCUAUGAGGUGAAGCAUUUCAACACUAUCUCCUCUCUUACAAAAAUAUUCUAAAUUUCUAUGAUUUUCCAUGUUUGUUCACUUUGAUUUCACUCUCCAAGAAACAUUUUUUUCUCCGAUGAGUUUACACUUAAACAGAUAAAAUUUUCACUUUAAGAAAAAAAUUCUUAAAAUGUUCUCUGUUUUGAAGAUCUUUAACGUAGUAGAGAAUUUUAUUGUCGCAGUCGAACCAUAAUGUGAUUCCUUGGUAACUUCAAAUCUCUUUGUUAUUCAUAAUCAGAAUCUGUUCACACGAGGUAAAAGUCUCAAACUUUCUUAUGUUCUGCUUCGUUUUAGGUCUCAAAAUUUGAGUUUUUGAGCUGUUUUUGGUUAGGAAGAGAAAUGGCUAAUUCAUGGGAUCAGUUAGGAGAAAUUGCGUCAGUGGCUCAGCUUACAGGCAUAGACGCUCUGAAACUGAUUGGAAUGAUAGUAAACGCUGCGAAUACAGCUCGAAUGCACAAGAAGAAUUGUCGUCAAUUCGCUCACCAUCUUAAGCUCAUCCGUAAUUUGCUAGAGCAGAUUAAAAACUCUGAGAUGAAUCAACGUUCAGAGAUUCUUGAGCCGCUUCAAGGACUUGAUGAUGCUCUUAGAAGAUCUUACAUUUUAGUCAAAAGUUGUCAAGAAAAAAGUUAUCUUUACUUGUUGGCUAUGGGCUGGAACAUUGUUAACCAGUUUGAAAAAGCUCAGAAUGAGAUUGAUCUGUUUCUCAAGAUCGUUCCACUAAUAAAUAUGGCGGAUAAUGCUCGGAUUCGGGAGAGGCUAGAAGCUAUUGAACGUGAUCAGCGUGAGUAUACUCUUGAUGAAGAGGAUAGAAAGGUGCAAGAUGUUAUUUUGAAACAAGAAUCUACUAGAGAAGCUGCUACAUCGGUUUUAAAGAAGACGCUCUCUCGUUCAUACCCGAACAUGGGGUUCUGCGAAGCGCUUAAAACCGAGGAGGAGAAACUGCAACUUGAGUUGCAACGUUCGCGGGCGCGGUAUGAUGCUGAUCAAUGUGAAGUUAUACAACGUUUGAUUGAUGUUACACAAACUGCUGCUACUGUUGAACCUAAUCUUGAAAAGGUGUUGACUAAGAAAGAAGAGCUUACCUCUAGCAAGAAGAGAGAUGAUUUGUAUGACACGGAUAGUAGUAGUAUUCGAGCAGAUUCAAGAUCAACGUCUUAUGUUUCAUCCGGACAUGAACUACUUUCGGGAAGAUCAUUGCAACACCGUGGAAAUUGGCACGCCGACUUGCUGGAUUGUUGUUCAGAACCUUGUCUUUGCUUGAAGACACUCUUUUUCCCCUGUGGUACAUUGGCAAAGAUUUCCACUGUGGCAACUAGUAGGCAAAUCUCUUCAACUGAAGUGUGUAAGAACCUAAUCGUGUAUUCUUUGAUACUCUCAUGCUGUUGCUAUACUUGCUGCAUAAGGAAGAAGCUUCGAAAGACACUGAACAUAACGGGAGGGUGCAUUGACGACUUUUUGUCACAUCUAAUGUGUUGUUGUUGUGCCCUUGUCCAAGAACUGAGAGAAGUCGAGAUUCAUCGAGCUUCUUACGGUACAGAGAAGAGUAAUAAGGAAAUGAGUCCACCAACACCUCAGUUUAUGGAAGAAUGAGACUUGUCCAGCACGAAACAGAACCCAGUUAUUAUGAUGAAAUGAAUCUUCUUAUUUCAUUGUUGACAUUAAGAUUUAACGUAAAUUAGUUUGGGAAAAAUACUCCAUAGAGAUUCUAAAACCUUCCUUAUUCUAUACUAGAUGCAAAUAGGUGACAAAUCAUUGUUAACAAUAGACCUUUUGAAGAAGAAAAACAAACAUUUGUGGUUGAAUUUGUAAGUUAUAAUAUGAAAUUUUCAGUGCAGAAAAAUAAGGUUUCAUGUUGUGACCAAAGAAAAAAAAAAAGAGUUUUUCACGUUAGUUUUGCAGAUUGAAUAUUUUGUUCAUAGCUUUUGGUAUUUUGAAGAUUUUAUUUUCGUCAAAUAGAGGAUCAAGAUUAGCUGAUUCUUUCCCAUUUUUUAUGUGCUGCCUGCUAAAUAAAGUUAAGAAAUUUACACUGAAUAACAUGUCAUCUCUAUCAUAUUGUUGUUAAUUAUUCCUUUAGAUUGGUUCCAAAUGUUUGAGGAAGAAGGUGGAUGCAUCAGAAGAACAAAUAUUAUUGGAUCAGAAUGAAGCAAGCAUUUGUAGCAUCUUUAAAGUUGCUACAAGAAGGAAGUCAGCAAAUUCAUUGCCCAACUUUUAUUUAUACAUUAGAUGUUACCAAAUUUGCUCUUAGGUGUUUAUUUUGUUUCUCUGUUGUUUCUGGUUACUAAUAAAGCCAACUUUAUAAUGUGAGCAUAUUCAUGGCCC